AUGGUCGAUGAAGAGAGUAUCAAUCUAGGGGUCAACGCAACGCCGCAAUUCAUCGGCAGUCUGAUGGAACUGGUAUGGGCACAGAUCGGAAAUGCCGCUAUCGAUCUCGAAGCAUUCGCCAAACAUGCAGGGAGAUCUACGAUCAAAACGGACGAUGUCAUGCUGCUUGCACGGCGAAACGAAGGGCUGGAGCAGCUUCUCCGCGACGAAUUGAAGCGACUCGAGCAAGCAAAAUCUAAGCACGAUGACGCUAGGUGA